AUGAAUUUUCAGCCAAAUAUUUUAUUUGAUGACGACGAUGACGAAAUAUUAGAGUUUAUUAAUUAUCGUCGAAGACCUUACACGGUACGAGAUAGAAUUAAUCAUAUGAUAAAAUGGGAUGAUCAUGAUUUUAGGAUAAGGUUUAGACUUUCUAAAGUUGUUGUUGAACAAGUUUUAGAAUUAAUAACGGACAAUAUAUCUGUAGAAAACCAAUGGAAUUGUGCAAUAGCACCCAUAGACAAAUUAUUAUUAACACUGCGAUUCUAUGCAACAGGAAGUUUUCUUAUUACUGCUGGUGACUUUCUCGGUGUUAGUAAAUCUUCUGCAUGUGUAAUUGUUCGUACUGUUAGCACAGCUAUUGCAAGCCUAUGUCAUCAAUUUAUUCGUAUGCCAACUACAGAUGAAGAAGUGUAUACAUUACAGAGAUGUUUUUACAAAAUUGCUAGAUUUCCGAGAGCUAUAGGUGCAAUAGAUUGCACACAUAUUCGAAUUCAAAGCCCAGGAGGUCAUAAUGCUGAGUAUUUUCAAAACCGAAAAGGAUAUUUUUCAUUGAACGUCCAAACAGUUGUUUCGCCUGAUUUAAAAAUAAUGGACAUUGUAGCUCGCUGGCCAGGAUCUUGCCAUGAUCAAACAAUUUUCAAAAAUUCAAAUAUUUACAGUCAAUUGGUUAAUGGUAAAUGGGGAAAUAGCUUAAUUGUUGCAGAUAGUGGAUAUAAAAAUACCAGUCAUAUUGUGACUCCUUUUAUAAAUCCAAGGGGAAAUAUUGAAGAGCUGUACAAUGAGUCAAUAAUUAGAACCAGAAAUCCAGUAGAAAGAACAUAUGGAGAUUCAUAA